GACGGCAGUUAAGCUUAUCAUUUCUUAUCGGACAGCGUUACAGCGGAGCAGAUAAUGGAAUCUAAACCGCCGCCGCCGUCGCCGCCGCCGUCGCCGCCGCUUCUCCGCCGUCUAAUCGACUUCGACACACAGCUCUCACUCCGUCUCUACACCCUAACCCACCCAAUCCUGCCCUACUCCGUCCUCAAAACACUGGAGAUCUCCGGCGACGGUCGCCUGUUCUUCCCCGUCAUCAUCUCAAUCCUCCUCGCUACCUCCGCCGCCGCCGCCUUCCUCGUCGACCUGCUCCUCGGCGCCGUCCUUGAUUUAGCAGUAAUCGGCAUCCUCAAGCACCUCAUUCAGAGGCCUCGACCUGUCUACAAUAAGAACAUGUUCCUCUCCUUCGCCGUUGACCACUGGUCCUUUCCUAGCGGACACUCCUCCCGAGUUUUCUUCAUCGCCACCAUGUUCUACCUAUCAUUUGAUCUCGUACAAGGAUUUCUACUUGAUCUGAGAUACGACCUUUUCGCGGAUCAUUUCGUUUACAUCAUCGGAGCUUGGGCGACGAUCACAUCGGUUUCCAGGAUUCUCCUCGGCCGCCAUUUCGUGCUCGACGUGGUCGCCGGAGCCUGCUUGGGCGUUUUAGAAGGAUUGUUCUCCUUUAGGUUUUUCAAUUAUGACAAAUUAAGCUCAUUCUUCAAAUGACCAUUAAUUUCUCUUGCCAUUCAAUUGCUCCAUCCUAUCCUGUUGUAGAGACUUUACAGCUUUAUGAAUGUAUAAUUUCAUGAAAAUUUUCUUAUCUUUGGUUGUCCAUUUAACAAAUACUUAGUUAAUAUGUUUAGUGUGAAGAUUCAAAUGCAAUGACAGAGCCAAUGAGAUUGAUGUUAAUGCUCAUUGUCUGACAUUACAAAUGCUACUGAAGGGGAAGGUCUGAAAUAAAUCUACACUGACAUGAACUGAGCCUGUCAGCAGCUCACCAUAUGUGAGAUAUGAAGAAGUUUUGAUUUUCAUUAUCAAAGAAGCCAAAGAUUUUGAAUUGCAGAUUUGGGCUCAAUGGCCAAUAAUAUGCAGAGGUGUAUAGGUUUGCAGUUGUUAACAAUGGGAAACAAAAACUUAGAAUGUAAGGCCCAAAUUAGCUGCUAACUUAGGUAAGACUGUAGAUUAGCAGGAACUUAGCAUUAUUUCCAGGAAUAGUUUUUGGAUCUUCAUUAUGCGGUGCAAUUGAUCUUCUCCGACUUGUAUUAUUUGAUGUAACAUCUAACUUUCCUCUUGGUUGUUGCUGCAGAGAUGUCACAAUCUUUGUGUUAAUGCGUGCAAGAGUCAUUUGUAAUUGAAUUAUUGUUUUGGGAGCUACAGAGGUGAGGAUAAACAUGUUCUUAUCAAUUCAAGAACUUAUCCAAUUCAUUCUUUGAUGUUUUAGUUACUGAUUGAAUGGUCUGGCUUAAAUUUUACUCGGUGAAAGUUGUGGUAGAACAUGUAGCACACAAGUGGCCUGCUAUGAGUCAGUUGAAAUGACAUGUGGGCUGCAUCUUUUGGUCGUAAUGGGGAGCAAAAGGCUCUAUUCUCUGUGUCCUUAGUUGUUGGAUCAAAUGAAUCUUGCAACUUCCUUUCUUGUACAUUAGGCUUAAGCAUCCUAUCCUAGAUUGAACUCAUCAUUUUUUUGUUUUGUUUCUAUCAUUAAAAGAUUCAUCUUGCAUUUGGUUAAUCUGCACUUUUAUAGCUGUUAUCACGUUAUGUUUGCAGGAGGAGAUGUGGUCCUGUCCCUAUUCCUGUCGAUUAUAGGAUAGCUUUCUUGAUAUGCUAGCACCCUGCAUUAAGGGUCAUGUAUAAGGACAUUAUGCAUUGAAUUUGUGGUGUUCACUUAAUCUUGUCUAUAUUAGCUUUCUGGCUGGUCUCCCCAUCUUAACUUGUUACAGACUGUAGAUGAAACUGAUAUAUUUGCAAUAAUUGUAGUUAGUCAAUUACUACCUUUCUUCA